CACUUUUCAACAGUAACACUCAACGCCAAUCAACCGCAGUUGAACUCGUCUGUAAAACACGCUCCAACGAAGCUAAGUCACAACCAAACUCUGGUCCCUUGACACGUUGUCGUCACUGUCCAUUGGCGCGUGGAACUCGCUGUCUCCACUCUCCAGAAUCCUUGCUUAAUCAACCCAUUUUUGCCACAACAUUAAAACUUUUUUAUAUAAACUCCCUAAAUUUGUCUUCAAGAGUGAUUUUAAUUUUCUGGGUCACCUCUCAAUUCAAAGAAAAAUAGAUAAUUCAUAUCAAAGUUUCAGUCUUUAUAACAAUUGUUCAAGAAAAAUUCCUCUUUGUAAGUUCAAACACUUGUUUUUUACUCAUUUUAAGAACAUUUUAGCUGUAAUUUAAUCUUUAAUUUACAUAUUUAGCUCAAGGGUUUAGUUUAAUUUCCUUUUUAAUUCUCAUGUCUUGCUGAUUUUGUGGGUGUUGGGAAUUUUUGGUGGGUGAUCAAUUAUUAUUGUUGUUACAGUUAGGUGGCUAUCUUUGUGACUGAGUUCUUUUUAUAUAUAUAGUUCUGUUAAUAUAUAUAGAGUUUCAAGUUUGUAUCUUGAUUAGGAAAAAUUGGUAAUGAAAAAAGUUGAGGGUUUUGUAGACUUUAAAGAGAGGUGUUUUGGAUGUGUAUGAUUGCAGAAUUUGGUUAAGAUUGGAGAGUUUUAUGUGGCUUGAUUAUGAUUGUUCUUAGAAUUUGUGGAGAUGGAUUUGUAAUCGAGAAUCCGAGAUUGAUUUCUUGCUGUGUGAUUGAGUUUUCCAAUCCAUUGACUUGCUUCAGUAUAACAAUUUGAGGAAAUAUUACGGAUUCGGCAAGGGCUUUGUUAGUGUAUUUGGAAGGGCUGUUUUGUUUUGUUUUAUAUGUAUAGUUUUUUUGUUGAAUAUCCAAGAUGCAGCGAGUACGUUUGUCAUCUCAACAGACACCGGUACAUAAACUAGGAGAUUCACAGAUUACAUUGUCUCCUAAAUUUAGAUUAGCUGUUAGUCAACCUUCAUUGUUAAGUCCUUCAUUAGAUUAUGAGUUAUCUCUUCAUGGUGAACCCCUAAUACCGGGGCUACCUGAUGAUGUUGCCUUUAACUGUCUUCUACGGCUUCCGAUUGAGAGCCAUUCAGCAUGUAGAGUUGUUUGCAAGCGGUGGCAUUUAUUACUUGGUAAUAAGGAGCGGUUCUUCACUCGUAGAAAAGAACUAGGUUUUAAGGACCCUUGGCUCUAUGUCUUCGCUUUCCAUAAAUGCACCGGAAAAAUCCAAUGGCAGGUUCUCGAUCUUACUCACUUCUCGUGGCAUUCUAUCCCGGCAAUGCCGUGUAAGGACAAGGUCUGUCCUCAUGGAUUCAGGUGUGCUUCAAUACCUCGUGAUGGGACUCUCUUUGUUUGCGGUGGUAUGGUCUCUGACGUGGAUUGCCCACUUGACUUGGUUUUGAAGUAUGAGAUGCAAAAGAAUCGCUGGACUGUGAUGAAUCAAAUGAUUGCAGCUAGGUCAUUUUUUGCAAGUGGGGUAAUUGACGGGAUGGUAUAUGUGGCCGGAGGAAAUAGUACGGAACUUUUUGAGCUGGACUCAGCAGAGGUUUUGGAUCCCAUGAAGGGAAUUUGGCGCCGUGUUUCAAGCAUGGGAACAAAUAUGGCGUCUUAUGAUGCUGCGGUUCUCGAUGGGAAGCUUCUUGUGACAGAAGGCUGGUUGUGGCCAUUCUAUGUUUCUCCGAGAGGUCAAGUUUAUGAUCCAAGAACAGAUACAUGGGAGAAUAUGGCCGUUGGACUACGAGAAGGAUGGACUGGUUCGAGUGUGGUGGUUUAUGGGCGGUUAUUUGUGGUUUCAGAGCUUGAGAGGAUGAAGCUUAAGGUUUAUGACGCGGACUAUGAUACCUGGGAAGCAAUAGAAGGGCCACCAUUACCCGAGCAAAUUUGCAAACCAUUUGCUGUUAACGCAUGUGAUUACAAAAUCUACAUUGUGGGUCGGAAUCUUCAUGUUGCGGUGGGUCACAUCUCUAAGCUGAAGCAGAAAUGCAGUUCUGAAAAUAAAUGGACCUUCAGUGUUAAAUGGUACUUAGUAGAUCCACCUGAUAGAUUAUCUGACUUGACACCCUCGAGCUCCCAGAUUCUGUUUGCUUAACUGUUAUGUGAUAAUUGUAUCUCAUUUUGCAUGCUAAGAAAUAAAAUUGUAAUUGUAUGUGUGGUAAUUGCUGUGUUUAGAACAUAAUGAUUAAUUAUAUGGCUGUUUUCUUUAUAA